AUGCCACCAAGGAAGUCCCGAUCAGCAAGGGUUCCAGUUCAACGAACGCGUCGCUCCGGGCGGCGGAGUGGGGCUGUCGACCAUGGAAUUCCCGAUGUCUACGGUGAUAUGGUCGCCGAGGCUGUCGCAGAUGAAAGAAAUGAUGAGAAGUUGGACAAGAGGGCGCCGAAGCGUCGCAAAAUCAGUGAGGAAUCAGCCGGUGAUAUUCAACUCGACUUCGACCUGUUUGGGCCGUCUCAAGCCGAUGUUGAGAGUGGUCAGAUCCAGGAUUCUGGGGACGCGGGACUACCUUUACAGCAAGUUAUCUACGAUGAUUUUGAAGGAUCGGAUGAUGAGUCGGACAUUGAAUUCGAGGAUGUCGAAUUAGAACCAACUGACAACCUCGCUGGGGCGGAUCAAAAACCCGAGCAAAAGACUCUACGGCUUGAUCUUUCAACAUCCUCCGACCACGGCAGGCAAACCAUCCAACGUCGAAAACCAGUCGGACCUGCUGAGCGCAAAAAGCGUCUUGAGGUCCACAAAGCACAUCUGAUAUGUCUCCUCGCGCACCUAAGCAGCCGCAAUCGCUGGUGCGAGAGUAGAGCCAUACAUGACAUUUUGAAGCCGCUGGUGCCGCGGAAAUUGGUAUCGUUGUUCCACGUUGACGAGUCUAAACCCCAGUAUCAACGAUCGCAUUCGUUCACCAAAGGUAUCGAGGAAAUAUGUCUGCUUUGGAGAACGACCUGGACAGUAUCAGCGAGAGGGAUGCGAAGGGCGCAUUGGAAGAACGAGGUCGAUGCGCUGAAGGAAAGUGAAGAUGCGGAGGAUCUCAUUGAUUUUGAUGAUUUCAAAACCGCUGCUCUCUCGCACAGUGGAUCUCGAGAUCUAGGUGCGCAGUUGUUCUGUGCUUUGCUGAGAUCUGUUGCAGUCGAUGCUCGCUUGGUUUGCUCUCUGCAAGUACUCCCAUUCUCUGGUGUUGCAAAAGGUCAGACUCCGGAAAACCCCAAACCGCAGUAUUACCAGGCGCCUUCGCAAAACUAUGACUCUUCGCCCUUUGCUAGGUCUGAACGGACAUCAAAGCCUGCAAGGAAAAGGAUUGUUGAAUCUCCGUUUCCUGUGUUUUGGGUGGAAGUGUUCUCACCAGCAACGGCGAUAUGGAUGCCUCUGGACCCACUGGUUCGCAACACGAUCAACAAACCAAAGACUGGAUUUGAGCCUCCUGCUGCGGACCAGCUGAACAGCAUGACCUAUGUGCUAGCAUUUGAAGACGACGGAGCUGCUAAAGACGUCACAAGACGCUACACGCAGUGGUUCAACGCGAAGACCCGCAAACAGCGGGUGGAAAGCACGAAAGGUGGAGAGCAGUGGUGGAAAAGCACCAUUGGGUUCUUCCGAAAGGCUUUCACGGAGUUGCGAGACGAGAUCGAGGAUGCAGAUCUCGUGAGGAGGGCAGAGACAGAAGCCAUGCCGCGCAGUGUACAGGACUUCAAGGGCCAUCCAGUCUAUGUGCUUGAGCGACAUCUCCGGAUGAAUGAGGUCAUUCAGCCGAAACAUGAAGUCGGCAAAGUUGCUGCUGGGGUGAGUAAGAAUGCAAAACUUGAAAGUGUCUAUCGGCGGAGAGAUGUUCAUCUGUGUCGCACAGCGGACGCGUGGUACCGCCGUGGUAGAGAUGUGAAAGAAGGUGAGCAGCCUUUGAAGCGAUUUGUCCCGAAACGCAAAAUCGAGGCAGUGGCUCAAGUUGCCGGCGAAUUCGAGGAUGACGAUGACGAUGCGGAUGAAGGCAAGGCUCUCUACGCCGAAUAUCAGACGAGUGUCUACGAACCGCCUCCAGUGGCAGAGGGGCAAAUCCCGAAAAAUGCAUUUGGAAACUUGGAUAUCUAUGUUCCCUCUAUGAUUCCAGCAGGGGCGGCUCACAUCCGUCACCCACUAGCUGCCCAAGCUGCAAAGGUUCUAGGUAUCGAAUUCGUCAGUGCAGUCACCGGCUUUGAGUUUAAGGGACGUCAAGGCACAGCAGUCGUUGAUGGAGUCGUUGUCGAGAUCAGCAUGUGCAAUGCUCUGGCAAACGUCAUUGAAGGUCUCGAGCUUCAGGCUAGUGAGGAAGUCGAGGCCCAAAGAAGUGGGAUUAUCCUUGGAAUGUGGAGGAGUUGGCUCACUGCCUUGAGGGUGCGUGAGAGGGUGCAGCGGGAAUAUGGUGGUGACCAAGAUGAUCGCAAAUCCAAUGAUGUGUCCGACAACGAUGAGAACAACGAUGCGAGCUACCAAGAAGACGGAGAAGCUGACGGCGGUUUCAUUCCCGAAGAUCCUGAUGAGAUCCCAUCUGACAUCGGUGAGGCUGCCCCACGUGGAUUCUCGAAUCUCAAGCCUAUGGGACAACUGCUGCCACCAGAAGUCAUCCACCAAGCUAUCAUAAUCGUGAGGUCUCCGAACAGCCUCCCUACUACCAAGGUUAGCGAUAAAGCAGAUGACGAGAUGGAAGAUCUAUUUAACAAUGAUGAACAACAAAUGCCUCCAGCCAAAAGCACUGGACCACAAGUCGAACAUGGUGUCGAUGGUACGUCGGAGGUUGAGCCCAAUGAAACAAAUCCUGGCGGAGGGUUCAUUCCCGACGAUGAAGGUAGUGUUGAGGGCGGAGGCUUCCUCCCAGAUGCGGAAGAUGCGGCCAACGAAUCCCCCCCCAACCAGGCAAAGCAUACUACCACGUUUCGCGAUGAUGACUUGCAAUAUACUGCUGGCGGUUUCAUCCCAGAUCCCGACCCUGGCGGCGUCGAAGGGAUUCUGGAGCCUUCAGCUGGGAACGUUGCGACGCUCAUGAACAAUACUGCUUCCAAGGGCAAUCCAGACAUCAAUACUCUCACAGCAGGUGAAGUGAUAGUCAUGACAACCCCCCAAGACGUGCCAACCGAUCAGCCGCCCACAGAAACAUCACCUCCGCAAACUACUAGAGAUGAGAAUGAAUCACACCCAAAAGCACCUAAAUCUCCACAUUCCAGUUCCAGCUUGCGGUCUGAGAACUCACUGCUCUCACAUGAUCCUGAUGAGGAAGAUGCCGAGCCGGAAUGGCUCUUGAACAGUCUUGGGGAGAUAGAUUAA